ACGUUAGAGAGUGAAUUAGGGUAUACUGCAGCGGCGCAUUUUAUCAUCACUCCAAUCCAACCAACUCAUAUCUCAGUUUGAAUGCCGUUCUUCCACGUAAAAACGCUCUAUUAGACUCUUCCCCACUUUCUCUCUCUAACUCUAACCCCUCUCUUCGGUUGUGCAAUUAGUGUUUUCUCCCCUUCUUCCAUAGACCACCGGUCUCACUUACUUUCUAUCCUCUUCCUAUCUUUAUCUCUCUCUCUCUGAUCUUUGAGCUUCAAUGCCUGCUUUUCUUUUUUACAAACAGUGCGAAAUUGUUCAAUUUCUUGGGCGAUUUCGGAAAAUCGCGGAACUCGGUUAUUUAAUUUAUACUCAAUAGCACUGCUCUAGUUUCUAUCGGGUGGGUCUUCGAUGGCGCCCAGUCGACGAAAAGGCGUCAGUAAAGCAGCCGCAGCAGCCGCUGCUCGCCGGCAGUGGAAGGUCGGCGAUCUUGUGCUUGCUAAAGUCAAGGGUUUCCCUGCUUGGCCGGCCACGGUAAGUGAACCGGAGAAGUGGGGCUACCCUGCUGAUUGGAAGAAAGUACUCGUUUACUUUUUCGGAACCCAACAGAUAGCAUUCUGCAACCCUGCUGAUGUUGAGGCAUUUACUGAGGAGAAGAAACAAACUCUUUUGGUCAAACGUCAUGGAAAGGGUGCUGAUUUUGUUCGUGCAGUGCAGGAGAUCGUUGAUAGUUAUGAUAAGUUGAAGAAACAAGACCAAUCUGAUGAUGUCAACUCUGAAGGAGUUACUCAUAUGAAUGGUGGGAACUCGAUUGACUCAUCAGCAAAUCCUGGGUUGAAAGAUCAGCAUGAAGCUCCUGAAGCGACUCUUGAUUCUAGGUUUAAUUCUUCUUGUAUAGCUGAUGGAAGUGAUCCGAGCCUUCUAGUUGAGGAUUCGUCUGCUACUGCACCUGUAGGUGCUGUGUGUGAAAAAGAAGAUCCUACUGAUACUGCAAGAGUUACAGAAACACCUUUGCGUACCAUAAGUUCUUCGAGGAAAAGAUCUAGAGAUUUGUCUUUGCAAAGUGGUGUUUCACAGACAGAGCCUACAGUUAGAAGGUCAAGAACUUCAUCAAGGCUAGAGUCUCGCAAAUUGCGGGGCUCUAAUGUGCAAUGUAAUGAUAAUAGCAAAAUUGCUGCGAAUAUAUCAGCUUCUGUUGUUCGGGAAGGGUUGCUAAGAAGAAAUUCACAAAGGAGAAAAUCAACUGAUGCCUCUGAAUGUGAUGAUGUUGAUUUAUCUACUUUUGUUUCAAGUGGUAGCAUUGAAGAUAAUGGUUCGGAAAUUGUCACAGUGGAGUCUGAUACCUUUAGUUUCAAUGAAGGCAGUACUAUUGAUUCUGGAUGUAAAAUUGAGCAGUCAGAGACACUUGUUGGGUGCUUGGAGGGUGAUGUUGAGUUGAUCAAAGGGUUUGAUCUCCAAAUAAAGGCUGUUGUAGUAAAAAAGAAAAGAAAACCAAGCAGAAAGCGGGUGUGUAGUGAUGCAUUAGAACCUACUUUUACAGUGGAUAAGGAGGCUGGUGUACAAAGUACUAGUGAAAGCUCCCACAAUGUUUGUGAGAAGAUGAAUGGAAUCUGUCCCAAGGAAGAUGGAGAUGAGCACUUGCCACUGGUAAAACGAGCAAGGGUUCGGAUGGGUGAACCAUCUUCCUUGAGAGAGCCUAAUAGCCUUUCAACCUCGGAGGAGAACACCCAGAAAGAAGCUGUUAACCAAAUAUUAGGAGUAGUUGGAAAAUCUUUGAAUUGUGAUGAUCCUAUUGAGAGGGACUCGCCAAUGACAAAUUCAGCAUCUGUUGCAUCACCUUCACAUAAUUUUUCUCAGUUCCAUGGAAGUAAGCCUCAUACAUGGAAAGCUAACAAAGACCAAUCAUUUGGCUGCUCGGCUGAUGGUGAAUCGGCUUUGCCGCCAUCUAAACGGCUACACCGUGCUCUGGAAGCCAUGUCUGCUAAUGCUGCCGAGGAAGUUCAAUCAUGUAAGGAUGCUUUAAUGGUCAUGAAUACUCUUCCUAAUGGAAAUAUUAUUUCUUUGACGAUUGGAUCUCCCGAUAAGACUAUUGAAAGCAAAACAGUAAGUGACUUGGUACUCCCAAAUGUGGAUUCCAUUGGUUGUAAUGCUGAAGAGGUUGGUGUUUCUGAUAUAGACGCUACCUUUAACCCUAGCUCAGGUGAAAAUACUGAAUUAUCUCUGGAAAUGGAGUUAAAUAAUGUAAGAGUUGAGAGUCAUGAUAUUCAAAAUAGUAAUUCUGGCGAAGAAGUUUAUCUGAAUUCUGGGAACCAUGCUGAUGGAAAUGAUAUUUGUGAUGGAUCUAAAGGUGGUGAGAUUGCUGUGACUCCAGUUCAAUCUCAAAGUCCAAGGCUUUUGCUGUCUAUUCCUGACAGCAAGGAAUCUGAUGUCAGAUCUGCUCGAGGAUCUGAAGAUCAGCUGUUGCUUCCUGAGAACAAAGGCAAUACUAAAAGUAUUGAAUCAAUUAAUAAUGAAUUGGAGAAGUCACAAAAUGAAUAUGAAAUUUGCAAACCUACUUUGAUGAGUAUGGAUCCUGUAUCAGGUACCCAUGAUGGUAUUACUGAGAAUGGCAAUACCAAAAGUAUUGAGUCCAUUAAUUGUAAAUCAGACAAGUCACAAAAUGAAUAUGAAAUUUGCGAACCUACUGUGAUGAAUGUGGAUCCUGUAUCACGUACUCAUGAUGGUAUUGUUGAAAUUUCACCUCAGAGUUGUGUUGGUGUACUUAAAUUAAAUGCAGAGAGCAUCAGUGAUGAGGAUACCAGAUCGUUGGAGCCUCCACCUGAUGACAACAGAGAAGAGAAUGACAUGUCUGAGGUAGUAAUGGAUGCUGUUAAUCCAAAAGACUUGAGUUCUAUGUCUUUUCCAAACAAUGAUUUAGAUGAUGGCUUAGUCAACCAAUUAAAUUCAUCCCCAACAGAUGGGGUUGAUUCUCUUUCCCAGGCAUCUCCACCCAAUGCUUCACUUGGCCAUGUAUCUACAUCUGAUCAUAGUUGUUUUCUUCAAAAUAAUAGCUCUCUUCCCCAGGCAUCUUCACCCAAUGCUUCGCUUGGCCAUGUAUCCACAUCAGAUCAUAGUUGUUUUCUUCAAAAUAAUAGCAGCUGUAGUCCAGAUGUACAUUUACGCCAUAAGAUAAGUUCGCAUCCUCCAAUUGUUGAUGGAGAAGAAAAGUACGAGUCAAUGGUGACUCAGAGACCAAAAUCUGUUGGCAAGUAUGCUGAGUCAAAUGCUGCUCUGGCAUCCUUUGAGGGAAUGCUUGGAACACUGACACGAACAAAGGAGAGCAUUGGUCGAGCAACACGUGUCGCUAUGGACUGUGCUAAACUUGGUGUCUCUUCCAAGGUUGUUGACAUACUUUUACGUUGUUUGGAAACUGAGUCAAGCUUACACCGACGGGUCGACUUGUUCUUCCUUGUGGAUUCUAUUGCACAGUGCUCUCGAUGCAUGAAAGGCGAUGUUGGUGGCUUGUACCCUUCUGCAUUUCAAGCAAUGCUUCCACGUUUAUUAGUAGCUGCUGCCCCUCCUGGAAACUCUGCGCAUGAAAAUCGUAGGCAGUGUCUUAAGGUUCUGAGGCUUUGGUUGGAAAGAAAAAUUCUUCCUGAUUCAGUAAUUCGUCGUCAUAUGCGAGAACUGGAUUACCAUGGUCCUGGUUCUACAUCUGGUCCAUUCUCUAGGCGCUCAAUGAGAACAGAGAGGUCUUUGGAUGAUCCUCUUAGAGAAAUGGAGGGGAUGCUUGUUGAUGAAUAUGGAAGCAAUUCAAGUUUUCAGCUUCCAGGAUUUUGUAUGCCUAGCAUGCUGAAAGAUGAAGGUGAAGGAAGUGAUUCUGAUGGGGGAAGUUUUGAGGCUGUCACGCCCGAGCGUAGUCCUGAAGCAUGUAGUGACCAUGAGACGACAUCUGCCUUGGAGAAGCAUCGGCAUAUUUUGGAAGAUGUUGACGGGGAGCUUGAAAUGGAGGAUGUGGCUCCUUGUGAAACAGAAUUGAAUUCAUCUUCUUGUGCUACUGGAGUAGUUGCCCCACAGAAUUCACAAGACCAGUUUGAACAGCAUUUUUCACUGACAUUUGCUCCUCCACUACCUCAGGACGUGCCACCUUCAUCUCCUCCACUUCCAUCAUCACCUCCUCCUCCGCCCCCACCCCCACCCCCACCCCCACCCCUUCCAUCUAUUGCACAGUCAUGUGGGGUGCCUGAUCCUUACGCAAAUGGCAUGGACUCAUCAAAGCUCUAUCAUGAUAAUAUGCAGGAAACCAUGGUCCAGCCAGUUACUCAGCAGUCAAGUGCUCCAAUAAUUAAUCAACCAAUACCUGAUUCAGUGCACUAUCAUACUUCUGAUUGUAGAGAUCCUCAGAGGCAGAUAGCUGAUUCUUUUCCUGGCCAUAAUUAUCAUAGCAAGGGCUACCCUUUACGGCCUCCUCACCCCCCGCCAUCAAAUCAGUUUUCUUAUGUCAGUGGCGAACAACACUUCAAGCCUCGGCGGGAGGCUACCCCACCUCACUCUUACUCCAAUAGAUACCACUUUGCACAGAGUUGGGAUCGUGAGAACUUUUACAAUAAUCAUGAGAGAAUAAAGCAAGCUCCACAUGAGCUUCAUGACAACUGGAGGGUGCCUCCACAUUCUUUUUCUGGUCAUCAGUAUCCUGGAAAAGGGAAGUCUUAUGGACCUGUUCCUUUUGGUCCCCCAUCUGAACCUAACCAAGGAUGGAGAUUUCCUCCACGGUCAAUGAACCAUAGACAUUCCAUGCCUUACAGACCACCUCGAGAAGGGCCGAUACCUGUUGCAGGUCCAGGCUUAAGAACAUUGUAUGUGUUUCAGGUCCGAACUUCUGGCGACCUAGAUGAACUUGUGUACCAAGUUACCAUUGAGUUUCUGUCUGUUUCUUUCGACCUGAGACACAGACACAGAGAAAGAGAAGGAGAAAUGGGUGCUGCUCAAUCCGUAUCUGAGAAAUCCAUUCACGAAUUCACAGUCAAGGAUGCCAGAGGUAAAGAUGUCGAACUUAGCAGUUACAAAGGGAAGGUUCUUCUUGUGGUUAAUGUUGCUUCUAAAUGUGGCUUUACGGAUUCGAAUUAUACACAGUUGACUGAGCUUUACAACAAAUACAAGGACAAAGGGUUUGAAGUAUUGGCAUUUCCUUGCAAUCAAUUCUUAAAGCAAGAGCCUGGGUCGAGUGAGGAUGCUCAAAAAUUUGCUUGUGAACGAUACAAGGCCGAAUAUCCGAUAUUUCAAAAGGUACGAGUCAAUGGGCCAGACACUGCACCUGUGUACAAAUAUCUGAAAACAAGUAAAUCUGGAUUUUUAGGAUCUAGGAUAAAGUGGAAUUUCACCAAGUUCUUAGUGGACAAAGAUGGCCAAGUCAUAGAGCGCUAUGGCACAAGCACUGCUCCUCUUGCCAUUGAGGAUGACAUCAAGAAAGCCUUGGGAGAAGUGUGAGGACUUACAUCAUGUGUUCAAAUAAAAUUUUAUCAUAAAAUUGUUGUUAGUUGUUACUACUGGAAUGAAAGGGAAAAAAGGAAAGGAAAGGAAUGGAAGAGUAUUUUGAAGUGCAUAAUGUCUCUGAUUGUUGCUGCUGUUUUAUAUUACUUUUGUCCCACUAUCUGUCCCUUGCUGUAUUUUUCUCUCAUUUUUACUUCUCUACCUCCACGUUAACUAAUAUUUGUUUUGUUCAUAAUAAUAAAUUCAUCGCGACUGUUUAGUAUGUGUAAUUGUAAUUGUAAUUGUAAUUUAUCAAAUAUGUAUAAUGUGAAAUUAGUAUGGUGCAUUACAAAACAGACAAA